UGCUGGAUUAGUGUCAUGGCACCGUUGCUAAAUAUCAAGAAGAUUCUUAUUUGGAAAUUUUGUUUUCCAAUAAUUGUGUGUUUACCCGCUGUAGUUAAAAGCAAAGAUGUAGAGCUGCAGCAACCCGAGUCAAAUGUUACUUUAGAUUUUCCCAAUAUAACUCAUUAUCGUCAUUACGAUGAGUUGCGGAAUAUUCUAUAUAAAUUAAAAGAAGAUUAUAAUGACUUAGUUAAAGUGUAUUCUAUUGGUCAGACCGUAGAAAAACGUGAAAUGUAUGUUAUAAGUAUCACUUCUAAUGUCUCUGAUAAUAAGCCGAUGUUCAAAUAUGUUGCAAAUAUGCAUGGUAACGAAGCUCUUGGCCGGGAACUGCUGUUGUAUUUUGCACAGUACUUACUCUACAAUUACAAUAAAAUCGAACGAGUUACAAAACUGAUAGAUUCUGUGGAUAUACAUUUAAUGCCUUCGGCAAAUCCUGAUGGCUUUGAAAAAGCAAAAGAAGGUGACUGUUAUGGCUCUAGUAAGCCAUCUGGGAGAGAAAAUGCAAAUGGAAUUGAUUUGAAUCGAGAUUUUCCUGAUCAGUUUAUUGAAUUAAAUGGCAGUAGAAUGAUAGAGGGUCGUCAGCCAGAAACACUCAAUCUCAUGACAUGGAUCGUAUCCAAUCCGUUUGUUUUGUCGGCGAACUUGCAUGGUGGUUCACUUGUGGCUAGUUAUCCAUUUGAUGAUUCGAAGUUUCAUACAAUAAGCGGUGAAAAGAGCCCUUCCCCUGAUGAUGGGCUUUUCGAACAUUUGGCACGUACAUAUGCCAAUUCUCAUGCUUUCAUGAAGAAUGGUCAUAUUUGCUUAGAUGAUGACUUUCCUAAUGGUGUUACAAAUGGUGCUGAAUGGUAUGAUGUAUCAGGUGGAAUGCAAGAUUUUAAUUAUGUUUAUAGUAAUUGCUUUGAAAUUACCCUGGAACUGUCUUGUUGCAAAUAUCCAAAGGCAGAAAACUUAUCGAUAGAGUGGAAUAAUAAUAAAGAAGCUCUGUUGUCAUAUAUAGAACAAAUUCAUUUAGGUAUCAAAGGAAUUGUUCAGGAUUCUGUCACAAAACUGGGUAUACAAUCUGCUUUUAUUCGGGUUAGUGGCAUAGAUCAUAAUAUUACCACAACAAAGAAUGGACACUACUGGCGAUUGCUACUGCCUGGAGUUUACACAGUAGAAGCAUCUUCUUAUGGGUAUCAAACUCAAACUAAACUAGUUGUGGUGAAGAGCAAAGAAACUGCAGAAGAAUUGAAUUUUGAAUUAACUCCUUUAACUUUAAAUGCAGGGCUUUCAGAAGUCAAAGAAACUCAAAUAGUUGAGGUUUCAUCUUUAACUCCACAUUCAAGUGACGAUUCUUUUUCAAGUACAAGUCAUAACUCCCACAUAACUACUGUUUCCUCAACUUAUUCUUCUAUUACGGUUGCACCUGUACCAACGAAAAAUGUAGAAAAGACAGAAAAUUCAGCUGAUGAAAAAUUUGAGUUUAAGCAUCAUCAUUAUGAAGAAAUGGUAGAAAUUUUGAAGAAUAUAUCUAAAAAAUGCUCUAAAAUUAGUCGUCUAUAUAGUAUUGGUAAGACGGUAGAACAACGAGAACUAUAUGUCCUGGAAAUGACUGAUAACCCAGGUCAACAUGAACCAGGAGAACCUGAAUUCAAAUAUGUUGCCAAUAUGCAUGGAAAUGAAGUUGUGGGACGUGAAAUGCUUUUACUUCUUGUGCAAUACUUCUGUGAAAAGUAUAACUCAGAUAAACGGAUUAAAACUUUGCUGGAUACUACACGUAUACAUAUCAUGCCAUCAAUGAAUCCAGAUGGCUAUGAAAUUGCAAAAGAAGGUGAUUUUGAUGGCACACAUGGACGUGAAAAUGCAAAUAAAAUUGACCUGAACAGGAACUUUCCUGACCAGUUUGGUAUCACUGAUGAAAAUGCUGUUCAGCAACCUGAAACCAGAGCUGUAAUGAAUUGGAUUUUAUCUGAGCCUUUUGUGUUGUCAGCAAAUUUACAUGGUGGUUCAUUAGUUGCAAAUUAUCCGUAUGAUAAUAAUCGUGAGAAUAGAGAUGGACUUUACAGUAAAAGUCCUGAUGAUGAAGUAUUUCGUAAAUUAGCAUCAGUGUACUCAAAUAAGCAUUCUACAAUGCACUUAGCAAAGCCUUGUGGACAAGGAAAAAUGAAUGAAACAUUUUCAGGUGGAAUUACCAAUGGUGCAGUAUGGUAUAGCGUAUCUGGUGGCAUGCAAGACUGGAACUACUUGCAUAGUAAUUGUUUUGAAAUAACCAUUGAGCUUGGUUGCUUCAAAUAUCCUUAUGCUAAGGACCUUCCUGAUUAUUGGAAAGCAAACAAAGAAGCUCUUAUAGCCUUCAUUGAACAGGUUCACACAGGAGUACACGGUUUCAUAACAGAUAACAAUGGAAAUGGUAUUUCAAAUGCAACUGUACAUGUUAGUGGCAUAGAUCAUGAUGUCAUUUCUGCACAGUAUGGUGAUUAUUGGAGACUUCUAAGUCCUGGAAAAUAUGUUAUAACUGUUAAGGCUGCUGGAUUUUCUCAGAGCACUAAAAAAGUGGAUGUCCCAGAAGAAGGAUAUGUUACUAUUAAUUUCACUCUGGAUAAUUCCUUCAUUGAAUGGUCCCAAAAAGAAGAUUUUGGAAUUCUAGAAAAUAUUGAGGGCAGAUAUUUGAACAACUUUGAAUUGCAUAAUGAAUUAUUGCAGUUAGCCAAUGAGAACCCUGAUCUAAUAGCCCCAAUGGCUAAUUUUGGCAAGGAUGGUCUUAAAGCUCUUAAUUUUGUCAUAAUAUCGUCUGAGGUACAAAAAGCCAAAGACAAACCUCAAGUUGCUAUUAUUGGUGCUGUGCACAAUGACCAACCGAGUGGGAGAGAAAUUUGUGUGAGACUUGUACGACAUCUCAUAUCAGGUUACAGACUUGGUGAUCCUGUUAUUAAAAGGUUAUUGGAUACAAUUGCCAUUCAUGUUGUUCCAGCUGUGGCUGCGACAGGUUUUGAUGAAUCUACAAAAUUUGAUGAAUCUGUUUUGGAUUUUGGUGAUAAAUUUGGUGAAGAUUAUUCUGGGCUUUUUAAUCCAGUUGAAGGGCUCAAAAGUAACCUGAAAUCAUAUCAUUACACUUCCCUUCUUAGUUUAGAAGGAAAUGGAUUAGAAAUUAGUUUCCCGUUGAAUAUUAUAGAAAGAGAUAGUAGUCAAGAAGCACAAACAUUCCAAUUUAUAUCUCGGCAUUACAUCACAAAUCAUCCUCUUCUAUCUAAAGCUACCAUGUGCGGGGAACAAAAUACUUCCAAAAGCAUUAUGCAAGGACCCAACUCUCUUCUGGAUUAUGCAUAUGCUAAUCAUGGAACAGUAGCUAUGGCUGCUCAUGUUAGUUGCUGUAGCCGGCCCAAACCAAAUGAAUUACCGCAGUUAUGGGUCAACAAUCUGCAGUCAGUAAUACAUUUUCUUCAAGCUUCAGCUGAAGGCAUUGCAGGUCAUGUAACGGACAACAAUGGAUCCCCUCUUACAAAUGCAUCAGUCAUUUUACAUCAUAGUCGAAAACUAAUUCCUCUGCAUUCUAAAACAGCAUUUUAUGCUCUCACUUUAGUACCAGGCUCCUAUGUUUUAUACUUUUCCUGUUCUGGCCAUGAAAAUGUUACCAAAUCAAUUGUGGUUAAAGAGGAGGAGUUUGUAACACUAGAUGUUGUUUUGGACCCAAUUGUAUCAGACAUAUUUUAUCAUGACUAUCCAUCAAUGGAAAAAGCAUUAAAGAAGAUAGAGCAGCAACAUCCUACUAUUUCAAAUUUCUACAGCAUUGGAAAAAGUAUGGAAAAAAAAGAUCUUUGGGUUUUAGAAAUUGGACCUCAAGAUGAGAAUGAAAAAGCACUUCUGCCUGCCGUAAGGCUAACUGCUGGUCUUAGUGGUUAUGAGCCUGCAGCUUCAGAAAUUUUAAUUCAAUUAGCUGAAUAUCUUGCUAUGCAUUAUGGAAAAGACAGUGCAAUCAGCAGUCUUAUUAACAAAACAACAAUAUACAUUGCACCAUUGUUAAAUCCUGACAGCACAGUUGAAGACUGUAGUCUAGAAAAGAAAUCUAGUAAAAUUGAUUUGGAUAAAAAUUUUGAAGAACCAGAUAAUAAAGCUGCCCCUGAGACAAUCUCAAUUAAAAAUUGGAUAUUAACAAAACCUGCAGUUUUGUCUGCAACAUUUUUUGGAGGUGCUGAAGUUGUUACUUAUCCUUUACAAGAGUUAAAUUCUUCAGUUGAUUCUUUGUCUAAAGAAGAAAAAAACUUAUUAAUUCAUCUUGCUCAUGUAUAUAGUGUCAAUCAUCCUAGAAUGCAUGUGGGUACCUAUGAAUGCUCAUCAACUCAAUAUAAUUUCACUGAAGGAGUUACUCCAGCUUCAUCUCUGCAUGCUCAUAAAGGCAGCUAUUUGGAUUUUAAUUUAAAAAAAACUCCAAGCAAUGUGUUAGCAAUUUAUGCUAGCUGCUGUUCUCAACUGAAACCGCAAGAAAUGGGUAGAGUAUGGACAGAACACAAAAUGGCCCUGUUAAAUUUGAUAAGACAGGCACGAAUUGGUAUGACUGGUUCUACUACAACUGUUGCUGGAAAACCAUUAGCUGGCUCUCAUAUUUCUGUGCGAGGUUACAAUAGAUGCUCACUUAGCAAUGCUAAUGGUAUAUUCCAUGUCAUGCUUUACCCUGGAGAAUAUGUAGUAAUAGUUACAGCUGAUGGGUACUUACCUUUGACAAAAAUUGUACGGGUUUAUCCAGGAGAAGCUACACAAGUCGACUUCAGAUUAAAGGAAGAUGCACGAAUUGCAGGCAUACCUCGUCAUUCACUGUUCAUCAUUUUUGGUUCUGUUGGUUUAUUUUUGUUGGUGGCCAUAAUGUGUAUUUACAGUACCAUACUAUACAAAAAGCGUCGAGGUUAUGCCUUCCAUAAACUUGAUCAAGGACAGUGUUUAUUUGAUGAUGAAGAAAAUGAUGUCUUAAAAUUAGGUUCUAAAAUAGGACUGCUGAAAACUUCUGAGUAUUAUGAUGAUAGUACUUCUGAAGAUGAAAUUUACAAUACUUAUGCUUGGCGAAAUGGUCGUAGGUCUUCUAACCAUACUAACAUUAAUGAAAAAUGAAAUCAGAACAAAUGGUUCUCUGAGAAGCCAUCUGAUUACUGAGAAGGAAAAAGAAAAAAAAAAUAGCCUCUGUUCCUGAGUUUAGACUAUUGAAAAAAGUAAUUUUUAUAUGUAACUUCUUCCCAUACACACGAAUAAUAUAUAUACACGUUUUUUAAGUCUUCCAAGUACUCCUAGAAAGAACGAAAAUCAACAUUUAUAAGAUUUUUUUAGAAUUGCAUGAUAAAGCAGGAUCCUUUGGGAGGAGAGAUUUGCUAAAAGGAUACGUAAGUUAUUAAUACUAAAGAAUGUUUAGUCCCAAUUACUGUGUUUGAAUCUGUUUGCAAGAACUAAUACUUGUUACUUUUUAAUAAUAAUUUUAAUUGAAUUAUUAUUAAAAAAUAAUUCCUUUGUGGAAUUUAGUUUAGUAUAUCUUUGUAAUUAGUAGCAGAACUUGCUUAAAUUAUUUUAUGUUACUCAGUUUGGGAAGAUUUGAUAUUUUUUUUUUAUUGUUUUGAGAGAUUUAUUGUACAAAUACACUUCUUACUUUAUGAAAUCAGAAUCUUAUACUUAAUUGAAAAAUCACUUUUUAUGUGCAUUUAAUGAAAUUUCUUCUUAUGUGCAUUUAAAAAUUUUCACUUUUGUUUUGUUUUUGCAUAUUACACCAUGAAAAUGCACACAGCAUAUAUUUUUCAUCGUAAAAUCAUAUUAUGUAUACACUGUUUACUAAAUGUAUAUGAAGUGAAAGAUUGUGAUUUUUCCUUAAGUAUAUAAUAGAUUGUGAUUUUUCCUUAAUACUCAAUUUCUUAUGAAAUACGUAUGAAUGAUCUGAUAUAUAUAUGUGAAUUGAUAUGUAGGGUAACUUCAAUGAAUCAACAAUUACUCUUCAUUAAUCUGAGCAAGAAAAAUAUUCAAAUAUUGUUUAAUUCACAUUUUUUGAAUUCCAGCAAUGUGCAAUUUUAAAUUUGUAAAAUAUUUUAUCAAAAUUUUGAAUGUUAUAAUCUGUGCUCUCUAAAUAUUGUAUUAUUUAUAUUUGUAUAAAGUUUUUAAGAAUGUACAUAGCUAUGUAGAACAGUGCAUUAUUUGAAUUUAUUUCAAUUUUUUAAAUGAAAAAUAUGCAGUAUUCUCAAUUUAAAGAAUUCUCUUUAUUAACAUUUUAUGACUUUACUUACAGUCUUAUUAAAAAGGGGGGGAAAUCAGAAAAUUUUUAGAAAUUAAUUUUGUUUUAAUAAAAUGUGAGCAUAUAUGAGAAAUUCAUCAUGAAUAUUUUAUAUUGUAAAUAUUGAGAUUUAAGAUAUUUUUUUAAUAUCAUAAUCUUUUAAAAUUUUAUAAAAGUAUUCCUUUAUUCUACAUAAAUUAUACCUUCAAUAAGCAGAAUUUUUAAAUAAAUAAAAAUGAUUCUUAAACAUAUAUAUUUUGUGAUAUAUAUGUACAGAAAAUAUAAAUAUCUGUGAUUUUAUUUUUUAACAUUUAUAUACAGAAGAAAUACCUGUGAUUCCAAACUUUUUUAUAUUGUUGUGAUUUGUAUAUAGAAAAAAAUAUUUUUUCAGCCUCCAUUACAUAACACUGUAAUUGAAUUUCAAGUUCAGUGCAACUAACUGUAAAAAGUGCAAAAUGAAAUGUUGUGGCAUUACCUUUUGAAACUUUUACAUUCAUGUUAUUUAUGAACUGUGAAUAGUCUAAGUUAUUGAAAUUAUUUUAUGUUGAAAAAUAUUGUAAAUUGUUUUCUCUAAUAAACUGUAAUUUUAAAGUAUCAAUAAAGUUUUUGCAAAGUUAUUUAGA